UCUAUGAUGAGACAUCAGCCACAUUUGAUUGGCUCUUCAAACAAUUUCUCAUUUGCAUGAACGGGAAGGAACCGGGAGCUGUUUUUACCGAUCAAGCGGCAGCAAUUGCUGCUGGUAUUAGGACAGCAUUGCCGCACACUUAUCAUGGGUUGUGCACAUUCCAUAUAACAAUGAAUGCAAAGAGUAAUGGGUUGUGGUGGUCACCAUUUUUGGAAGAGCUUUCCUUCUUGAUGUAUGAUUUGGAGACGGAGGAUGAAUUCGACUAUUAUUGGAAGAAAAUGCUUGAGAAUUGCUUCAAUGAAGAAGAAGAAGGGAAGAAAUUAACAAGUAAGAUUGAGGCAUGGCUGCAAAACCUCCACAAAGUGAGAAGUAAAUGGUCAUCGGCAUGGCUGAAAGAUCAUUUUGCAUGUGGAAUGAGAAGCUCACAACUCAGCGAGAGUUGCAACAGCCAUUUGCGUAAGUAUCUCCAGUCGAAACUUACUUUGUGGGAGUUUUUUAUACAAUUCAACAACCUUCUUGAAGCCAAAAGACAUAAGGAGUUGAGAAAUGACUAUGAAGCAUUGAACACUAUUCCAUACUUGGUUUUCACAAACAGUGAGGUUCUUCAACAGUUUGUUACCAAAUAUACACAAAAUAUAUUUGGGAACAUGCAAGAUGAAUACUCCAAGUCAAUCAAAUACCAUAUACGACCAAACAACUCCAAGGAUAUAGAUGGAAUGUUUGCAUAUGAGCUUCACAAACUAGAUCAGCAAAGAAAUCCUAUUGAUAAGAGGAUUGUUAUGGUUGACUUUGUGGAGCGUAAGCUGAUUUGCUCAUGCAAGAUGUUCGAGAAGUGUGGAUGGCUUUGUCGCCAUGUGUUGCGCGCAAUAGAUCACCUCGGCUAUGGAGGACACCCAGAAAUCUUGAAUAUUCACACACGCUACAUAUUAAAGAGGUGGACAUAUGAUGCAAAAUCUGGAGAUUUCACACUACCGGCAGUACAAGAUACAGCAGAGAGGGUGUACUGUUCAAGGGUGAAACAACUUACUGGAUCCAUGAAUUUGCUUGCAACACGCACUUGUAUGGAUGAUGACAUAUACAAGAUGCUUGAGGAAGGAAUGCAAGCAUUGAAGAUUCGUGCUGAAUCCAUGAUGCCUGCCAUGAAGUUUGGCCAGCCUAGCACAAGCACAGGUAUGAAACACUACCUUUAAUUUGGUGCAGGUUUGAGGUUUGUAAUGAUAUCACUUACUGUUUGUAUCCUUAGUAUGUUUUUUCAUAACAGUUAGUAUUCUUUUAGUUGAUAUUCAUAUCAAUGACUGUUAGUAAUGAUAUUAGAUAAAGUUUGUAUUGUUAAUAUAUUUUUUCUGGUCUGUUUCUUUGUAGGAUAAGUUUGGCUACAAAAACUUACUAUUGUUGUUAAAUCCUUUGUUUUUUCCCUAUUCUAGAAGCAGAAUUGAAUCCAGCAAGUUCAGAGAGUGAACCGCAUUGGGCGAAAGCAUUAAAAGUCAGGACUGAUCCAUUUAAAUCAAGGACAAGGAGGAAGAAUCGAAUUGAAAUCAUUCGAGAAAGGAGAAGACAAACAAAGUUACAAGAAAGGGCAGCGGAAGGAAAGUAAAUACAUGAUACCUGCCAUGAAAGUAAAUACAAGCAGCAGGUUUGUAAUGAUAUCACUUACUGUUUGUACCCUUAGUAUGUUUUUUCAUAACAGUUAGUAUUCUUUUAGUUGAUAUUCAUAUAAAUGACUAUUAGUAAUGAUAUUAGUUAAAAUUUGUAUUGUUUGUAUAUUUUUCUGUUAUAUACAAAAACUGACUACUGCUGUUUAAUCCUAUUGUAGAAGUGGAAACAAAGUUACAAGGACAAGGAGGAAGAUUCGUACUGAAAUCAUUCAAGAAAGGAGAAGACAAACAAUGUUACAAGAAAGGGCGGAUGACAGAAUAUAAAUACAUAGACAGAACUACUUGCCAUAUCAUAUAUUACUUGAUAGAUACAUAGAUAAAUUUGAGUGAUUGCAUAGAUGCAUAGAUAAAGUGAAUAAUUGCCACAUCAAACAAUUCAUUUCUUGCAUUCUUUUUCAAUUCACAUUUGUAUGUUUCUCAUGCUUAUUCUAUGUUAGACAGAAACAUUACGAAAUAGGAUACAAAAAAUUACGAACCACAACAACAACACCAACAGCCACCAUAACACCAACAGCCACACUACUGUUCAUAAGGUCACCGCAUUACAAAACAUGAGAAUAGAAAAUGGUACUAGUGCAUACUGUCAUGGAUUACCACCAAAAAAAAACACUAUUGGUUCCAUAUUCCAUCAUUUGUCAAGCGAAAACCCAGUACUAGAACUCCCUAAUGACAACAACAAUUCUUCACUAAAAGACACAUUCAUCCUCAAUUGCUCGAUCAUCAAAUUCCUUGAUCCAUUCAACAAAGUCAGCAUAGCAUUAAUCUUCCGGUUGUAAAUAUAGGUUGGAGAAGACCAUUUUUCCCUCAUCAUCUUUGUAGCCACACCUUCCCAUUCUUCACAGUAGUUUAAACAGAUAAUGCCAGCACUAGUGAAAUCAUCAUAUGGAAUUGUGAUCCUUCGCCAUUUGAAGUCAUUAUCAAAGUCAUACUUUCCUGGCAUGAUGUGCUGAAUGUAAGAUGUUGCAUACUGGACGACCAGCUCUCCAACCCUCCUAAACCGAUCUAGAAAAUGCUUAGAAGGAGAGCUGUCAAGGUACUCGAAACGACGAUCCUUCAAGUUAACACAAUAUACCAUGAAAUGAUCAUCCAUAGAACAUGGGAAAAGCCACUGCACAUGAAGAAGAAACAAAGAAGAAUCAUAAACAGUACAAUCAUACAAAGCAGAAUUGUACAAAGUGUACAAAGUAUACAAAAAAUAUGAAACAGAAGCACAAAGUGUACAAACAAUAUGGAACAGAAGCACAAAGUGUACAAAGUGUACAAAAAAUAUGAAACAGAAGCACAAAGUGUACAAAAAAUAUGAAACAGAAUCACAAAGUGUACAAAAGGAUGAAAUAUUCCAACUUACAUAUUGGCAUGUCUUGAAAGAUGCACCAUCUUGCAAUGGGUAUUUUCUGACAUAAGAUUUCAUGACCUUCAAAUAUUUAGGUUCCAUUUUGUCAUUCACAACCUUGGACUAGGUACAAUCAAAGACAAAAAAAACUUGCAUUAAUAUGGCUAAUAGAUACUAAAUGACAUA